GUCGUCGUCCCCCCCGGUCACGUGGCGGCGGAGGUGGAAAACGGACAACGUCGGUGGAAGUGCCGGAAAACGGGCCGCCGGAGGAAACCCCGUCCCCGCCGACGCGGCCAUCUUGUGACGUCGCUGCUUCUGGCCUACGGCCUCGGACCGGCCGCGUCCCUCCUGCUCGGGGAGCAGCGUGAGGCCGUCGGGAGCGCCCCGUACACCCAGCCAGCCGUGCGCGAUGCCUCUCUUCGGGAACACCUUCAGUCCGAAGAAGACCCCCCCCAGGAAAUGCGCCUCUCUCUCCAACCUGCACUUGCUGGAUAGAUCGACCCGUGAGAUUGAGCUGGGCUUGGAGUAUGGCAUUCCCACCAUGAACCUCGCUGGCCAGAGCCUCAAGUUUGAAAAUGGCCAGUGGGUGGCAGAAUCAGGAAGCUUCACGGGGGAUCGCAGGGAAAUGCAGCGCUUGCGCAAGCGAAACCAGCAGCUAGAGGAAGAAAACAACCUCCUUCGGCUGAAAGUGGAUAUUCUGCUGGACAUGCUCUCCGAGACCACAGCCGAGUCCCACCUGAUGGAGAAGGAGCUGGAAGAACUGAAGAACCACAGCCGGAGGAGGAAGUGAAGAAGAAGAAGAGGUGGCUGGAGGA